ACAUCUCUCUUCUUUUCUUCAAACCAAAUAAAUAGAAUACUUUUGUUUUGUUUCAUGUAAUAGUUCUCGUUUUUCUUCUUCUUUCUUUCCAUCUUUCCCCCCCUACUUAUUGGGGUUUCUGAGCUCAUUGUUUUAAACAAGUUCUGAUGCAUUCAAGCUUUCAAGGGUCUGUUUAUUAACGUCUUCCCUUGUUGAGUGUUCCGUUUUGGGAUUAGAGGCUUCUCACAAAGGUGCCUUCUUUGAGGUUCAACCAUGCCUGCUCUUGUUAAUUACAGCGGUGAUGAUGAAUUUUUUAUUAGAAAAAACUCUAUAGAGUUGGGCAGAUUGUGUUCAAUCAGUUCCCAAGCGGAUGUGUACUGGCCUCCUCAUAAAAGAGUUCGUAUUAGUGCCCCAUUUCUCUUUCGGGAAACUGAUUUUGAGCAGAACAAGCAACCAUCAAUCAAUGACCUUCCCGGUGAAUGUAUUUUUGAGAUCUUCAAGCGACUUCCUAGUGGCAGAGAAAGGAGCUUGUGUGCUUGCGUCUCAAAGCGGUGGCUUAGGCUUCUGAGCAGCAUUCGCAAGGGUGAAUACGGGUCAUCAAAGGUGGUCAAGGAGAAUAUUGAUUCGGUUUCUUAUGCCAUCGAGACAAUCUCAUCUAAUGAAAAUGGUGGGUAUCUUACAAGGUGCUUGGAAGGGAAGAAAGCAACUGACGUGAGGCUUGCUGCAGUUGCUGUUGGAACCAGUGGUCGUGGUGGACUGGGAAAGCUUUCUAUUCGUGGAAGCAACUCUUCUUGCGGAGUAACUAACUUUGGUCUAUCUUCCAUUGCCCGCGGUUGCCCUUCUCUCAAGUCACUUUCUUUGUGGAACGUCCCUCAUGUUGGAGAUGUAGGUCUGUAUGAGAUAGCUAAAGAAUGCCAUUUGUUGGAGAAGCUUGACCUUUGCCAGUGCCCUGCAGUUUCAAGCAAGGGUCUGAUUGCGAUUGCAGAGAACUGUCUUAAUUUGACCGCUUUAAGCAUUGAAUCUUGUCCAAAGAUUGGUAAUGAGAGCCUCCAAGCUGUCGGAAAGCUUUGCCCCAAGCUGCAGUCCAUCUCUAUCAAGGACUGUCCACUUGUGGGAGAUCAUGGAGUUUCAAGCCUGUUUUCAUUAGCAUCCUCUGUCCUUUCAAAGGUCAAGCUUGAGGGAUUAAAAAUCUCAGAUUUUUCUCUUUCUGUGAUAGGAUACUACGGUAAGUCUGUGACAAAUCUAAUGCUCAGUGGUUUACGAAAUGUGAGCGAGAAAGGAUUUUGGGUCAUGGGUAACGCUCAGGGUUUGCAAAAGUUGGUAUCUUUGAUGCUUACUUCAUGCCCGGGGCUAACAGAUGUUAGUCUUGAAGCCAUGGGAAAAGGAUGUGCAAACCUGAAGCAGAUGUGCCUUCGCAGUUGUAGAUUUGUCUCGGAUGAUGGCUUGCUGGCUUUCUCCAAGUCCCAAGGUUCUCUUGAGUGCCUGCAAUUGGAGGAGUGCAACAAGGUCACACAAUCUGGGAUUAUUGGUUUCCUCUCAAACUGUGGAUUAAAAUCUCUUGCUCUUGUAAAGUGUAUGGGAAUUAGGGAUGUAUCCUUGGAUACUCCUUUGUCCUCCCCUUGCAAUUCACUUAAAUCCUUGUCCGUAAAGAACUGCCCCGGGUUUGGGACUGCCAGCCUGGCUAUGGUGGGCAAUUUGUGCCCUCAGCUUCAACAUGUAGAUCUGAGUGGACUUUAUGGCAUCACAGAUGCAGGUCUUUUGCCUCUUCUGGAGAGUUGCAGGGAAGGACUUGCAAAGGUGAACUUGAGCGGCUGCUUAAAUUUGACAGAUGAGAUAGUUUUGGCCUUGACCAGGCUACAUGGUGGAACCCUUGAAUUGCUCAAUCUUGAUGGUCGCCCCAGGAUUACUGAUGCAAGUUUGGUGGCAGUUGCAGAUAAUUGUGUUUUCCUCAGUGAUUUGGAUGUCUCCAGGUGUGCAAUCUCCGACUCCGGUGUUGCUGCCUUAUCUCAUGCAGAGCAACUCAAUUUGCAAGUCGUUUCGUUUUCAGGCUGUUUGGGAGUUUCAAACAAAAGCAUGCCUUUCCUAAAACAAUUGGGCAAGACCCUGGUGGGAUUGAAUCUCCAGCACUGCAAUUCAAUCAGUGCUCGAACUGUUGAGCUGCUUGUAGAGAGCUUGUGGAGAUGUGACAUCCUUUUCUAAUCAAAGAGGGCUGUUGAGCCCAGAGCCAGAUCCGAACAAGUACAUUAUAUGUCGUAAAGGAUGGGAGAAAUAUCAAACUCCUAAAUUCAGCACACAAGUUUUCGGUCCAGCAAAGUGAUUAUGCUGGUAGCUCUAUGAUUUGGUGUUUUCCUGGGGAGUUUGGCUGUUUUGCAGAUGGCCGAUCCAUCACCUUUUUUUUCUUUUUUUGCAGGCUUUCUCAGCCUGUUAUAUCUAUGAAGCCCCCAAUUGCCAGAGGCAGUUUCAUAGCCAUGGGUCCUGGAGAAUUCUGUCAUCGAGUCAUGGGUUUAAGUUUCCUCUCAUGAUCAUCGUAGCUCUUCAUCCCAACUUGGUGUUUUAGCUUUUAUCGUACAUUUUCGUCGAAAUGCUUUCUUUCAUUUCUGGUCCUAUGAAAACUGGUAUUUGGAUCUGUCCAUCUUAGUUUUUAAUCAUCUUUUUCAAAGGUCUGCCAGUGUUUGAAACUCCUGCAGGGGUGAUUCUGUGUUUCUUUUUAUCUGUAUCACCGUAGUGGUUGCUUUGGGCAUUUCGGUUCAAAUCCGAGUCUUCGUGUAGCCUUUUUCCUUGUAUAUGAUAUGAAUUCUACGACUGCAACUACACAGUUAUCAUCAAUGAAACUUUCUAUGCUUUUUUCUUUA